AUACAAAAAACGAUGACUUCCUGUAUUUUUUAUAACGAAUGAAUACGUUACGCAGAACAUAAGCGAGAGGGUUAUACUAUCUGAAAACGGUAUCGCUGUGGAUGCCACUGCUGUAAAUGCGGAUUGUUUACAGCAGCCCUCGCAUCCUUUCCUCCCUCCCCUUUUCCUCUUUCCCGGAGCGCCGCAGCGCUGGUGGCGAGGCAGCGGCUACAGCAGCUCCCGCUGACCGAAGAUAGCGCCUGCAGAGCCGGCCACGGCCGUCACAUCACCCCGGGCCCCUGGAGGGUGCCAUCCAGAGUAAAGCAGGAAGCAAGAUCAUUGUGCAGCAUCAUUUUUCCGUGAAGAAAAGCGCACAGCCACUUCUGGAUUUUAUUAAUCUUCACCUCCAGGUCUUUUCAGGAGUUUGGAUGUGCAGUUUCACAUGAUAUGGCUGUUCUUAAACUAGUCGACCAGCCACCCCUCAUCCAAGCCAUCUUUAAUGGAGACCCCGAUGAGAUUCGUGUGCUCAUAUGUAAAUCAGAAGAUGUCAAUGCACUGGACGCUGAGAAGCGAGCUCCCCUUCAUGCAGCAGCCUUCCUCGGAGAUGCUGAGAUCACAGAGCUCCUCAUUGUGUCAGGGGCACGGGUCAAUGCCAAAGAUAACAUGUGGUUGACUCCACUACACAGGGCAGUGGCAUCACGUAGCGAGGAGGCCGUUCGCGUGUUGAUCCGUCAUUCUGCUGAUGUUAAUGCACGGGAUAAGAACUGGCAGACUCCGUUGCAUGUCGCUGCCGCCAACAAGGCUCUGCGCUGUGCUGAGGUCAUCAUCCCGCUCCUGAGCAGCGUCAACGUUUCAGAUCGUGGGGGACGCACCGCCCUGCACCAUGCUGCCCUUAAUGGGCACACAGAGAUGGUUAGCCUUCUCCUGGCCAAGGGUGCCAAUAUCAAUGCCUUUGACAAGAAAGACUGCCGUGCACUGCACUGGGCAGCAUAUAUGGGUCACUUAGAUGUAGUGUGUUUACUGGUGAGUCAAGGGGCCGAGAUCAGCUGCAAGGACAAGAGAGGAUACACACCUCUACACGCUGCUGCUUCCAGCGGUCAGAUCGCUGUGGUGAAACGCCUGCUCAGCCUGGCUGUAGAGAUAGAUGAAGCCAAUGCCUUUGGGAACACAGCGCUGCAUGUGGCCUGCUUUAAUGGACAAGAUGCAGUAGUCAGUGAGCUGAUCGACUACGGUGCUAACGUCAGUCAGCCGAAUAACAAGGGCUUCACACCUCUGCACUUUGCUGCUGCGUCCACUCACGGUGCCCUGUGUCUGGAGUUCCUGGUCAACAGCGGAGCUGACGUCAACGUCCAAAGUCGUGAUGGGAAAAGCCCUCUUCAUCUGACGGCAGUUCAUGGACGAUUCACACGCUCCCAGACGCUCAUCCAAAACGGUGGAGAGAUUGACUGUGUCGAUAAGGAUGGAAACACUCCGCUGCAUGUCGCUGGUCGAUAUGGCCAUGAACUUUUAAUAAACACUCUAAUCACAAGUGGAGCUGACUGCACCAGAAGAGGAGUACAUGGCAUGUUUCCUUUGCAUCUGGCCGCUCUGAAUGCUCACGCCGCCUGCUGCCGGAAGCUUCUCUCCUCAGGCUUCCAAAUAGAUACGCCAGACAACCUGGGGAGGACGUGUCUGCAUGCCGCAGCUGCGGGCGGGAAUGUGGAAUGUGUGAAGCUAUUGCUCAGCAGUGGAGCCGAUCAUAACCGCAGGGACAAACAUGGAAGUCACUGCAGGCGGCGUGUGGUCCUGGAACCAGAGAGUGACGGAGUUCAAGCUGAGAGGGAGAAGGAGGCAGCCCUGUGUCUUGAGUUCCUGUUGCAGAAUGGUGCUGCCCCAUCACUCAAAGAUAAACAAGGCUACAGUGCUGUUCAUUAUGCUGCAGCGUACGGCCACAGACACUGUCUGAAACUGCUUUUGGACAGAGAUGAGAACCAACAAGAUGAGAUGGAGAACAGCCAAACCAGAAGCCCAUUGCAUCUGGCCGCGUACCACGGUCACGCACAGGCUCUAGAAGUGCUCUUGGAGGGUCACUGCGAGGUGGAUCAGGGGGAUGAGGUGGGUCGGACUCCACUAAUGCUUGCUGCCCUCAGGGGCCACACUGACUGCGCUCUCACGCUUCUGAACCAUGGGGCCUCGCCGAGAAGCAAAGAUACUAUCCGAGGACGUACACCGAUCCACCUUGCAGUAAUGAAUGGUCAUACAUCGUGCGUGCGCCUCCUGCUGGAAGACUCUGAUAAUGCAGAUCUGGUAGAUACAGCGGACUCUCAGGGACAGACCCCUCUAAUGCUGGCAGUAAUGGGGGGUCAUGUGGAUGCUGUGUCUCUUCUAUUGGAGCGUGAGGCCAGUGUGGACUUGGCUGAUCAUCAGGGUCUGACUGCUCUGCACCUGGGGCUCUUGUGUGGACAGGAGGAAUGUGUUCAGUCGCUGGUGGAGCUAGAGGCAUCUGUGCUGCUGGGGGACUCCAGGGGUCGGACAGCCAUCCACCUGGCUGCAGCGAGGGGUCACGCGUCCUGGUUGAGUGAAUUGCUCAAUAUUGCAUGUUCUGAACCCCCGAUACCUCCAUUACAAGACAACCAGGGAUACACACCCUUACACUGGGCCUGUUACUAUGGUCAUGAGGGUUGUGUGGAGGUCCUACUCGAACAAAGAGAUUUUUGUCACUUUGAUGGGAACCCCUUCACCCCGCUACAUUGUGCUGUGGUCAAUGACCAUGAGACCUGUGCCAACCUUUUAUUUGAAGCCAUGGGAUCAAAGAUUGUAACUUGCAAAGACUCCAAGGGCAGGACACCUCUCCACGCAGCUGCAUUUGCUGGCCACAUAGACUGUGUUCAGCUGCUCCUGGCCCAUAGUGCAUCUGUGGAUGAGGUUGACCAAUCAGGGUGCAGUGCCCUGAUUAUGGCAGCGGAGAAAGGAAGAGUCGAAGUUUUAGAAGCUCUACUUACUAGUGCCAAUGUGAACCUAAAUCUGACUGACCAGAAGGGCAAUACAGCUCUCCAUCUAGCCUGCAAUAACGGAAUGGAGGAAUGUGCAUUGCUCAUUCUUGGAAAACUUCCAGACUCUGCCCUCGUCGCUACAAACGCUGCACUGCAAACACCUCUGCAUUUGGCUGCUCGCAGCGGGAUGAAGCAGACAGUGCAAGAGCUGCUCUCUCGUGGGGCCAGUGUUCAAGUACUAGAUGAGAAUGGUCUCACCCCUGCUCUGGCUUGCGCUCCCAGCAGGGAAGUGGCUGACUGCCUGGCUCUUAUUCUGGCUACCAUGAUGCCUUUCUGCUCCCCUUGCAGCUCUGGAGCUCCUUCGCCAGGCGCCCUGCUGAAAUCUCUGCCCCGCCAGGUCAAGAGCACCCAAGGCCCCCGCAGUCCAAGGGACCCCUCCGGCCCCUCCAGUGAGGGCACGACCACCGAAAACGACUCGGACUCAGAGACAUUUUGACCCCGGCUCCUUCUAGAUGCGCCGGUCAUUGUUUUCAAAGCACAUAUUGUCAUGAACCUUACAGAAGUUGUACAGAUUUUUGAUUAUGGAGCACAGCCUCUAUAACAAGAGAUUAUGACAUAUAGCACAUAUGGUACGCUUUUGUUCUGCCACACUUGUUUGCACAGGAGAUUUUUUCGAAAGCCAUUUUAAUCAGUUUAACACAGGUUGAUUGAUGAUGGAUUGCCAAAUGUUGGCUGACUUGUCACACUUGAAGGAUGAUGAUGUAAAGUGCGAAGUGGUGUGUCUUAAUCUGUGGACUUUUGAAAGCACAAAGCCUGUGGAAGCACAAAGGGAGGUCACCCUCAUUUCACCCAUGUUGGGACCAAUCAGGAAACAAGAAAUCACAUUUUUGGAACAACAGGGGAAUUGGCGUCACUGUUACCAACCUUACUUAAUAUUUAUAUGUAAUUAAAGGCUGGAAUACACCACACAACUUUUUCCCAGAUAUUGCCCUGAUUCACAGUCUUGACGAGUUGAUGCAAUUGCAGUCAGAGCCGUAUUACAGAUUUGAGUUGACAGAUCGAAAUGACUUGAAAGUCUAAUGGUGUGUGAUUAUCAGUCAUUUAAAAAUCUUUUCAGAUUUGAAAAGUUGUGUAGUGUAUUUCAGUCUUAAGACUAGUUAGACUGAAAGUCUAAAGUCAUGAAAUCCAGUGUAAUGUGAUGAAAAAUCCAAUGCAAAUUCUCCAUUUCUGAAUCGUACACCAGUUGUACUUUAUACAUUAUGUUUGACAUGUUGUGAAAAGACGACUCUUUAGAUUUAUAUUGCAAAAAGAGCAUUUUUAAUCCACUGAGAUAACAUUUCUAGGCCUUGAUGGUCUAAACAUUUACUCCUGACGCUUUUGAAGAGUGACAAUUUUGCCACUCGGUUCCUUCUCCGACAUAGAGACAGUGUUCAAAUAAUACUUCUAUUCAGGUUGAAUUUUAGAUUCUAGUGAGGGGGCAUAGCAUGUUAUGUGAACCAUGAUGUUCUCAAGCCUGUACCGAUAUUUAUUAACAUUUAGAUAACAAUGGUACUACAGCGGUAUGCACUUAUGUAUAGGAGUAAAUGGGUGUUUAAAGGAUUAUAAUUCUGCCAUUGUUUACUCAUGUCAUUGUUUUUGUGGAACACAAGAAGAAUCUUAAUGUGGCUCUUUCCAUACACCAAUACUAUGUCUGUCAAGCUCUAAAAGUGACAAAUAAAUACCUCCAAAAGAGCUACAUACUGUAUUCCAAGUUUUCUGAAAUCCUACGAAAGCUUUAUAUGAGAAAGAGGCCAAAUUUAAAGCUGUAAUCCACUGAUAAUAUUUCCCUUCAGUGAGCUGUUGGUUCUGGAUCAUUGUGUUAGUGAAAUGAACAGAAUUGCGAACAAAUCAACCAAUUUAUCAAAAAGAACCAGUUUAAAAGAAUUAUUUGUUCACUAAUUGGACUGAUCAAGUGACUCUGAACUCAUGUUCUGGACCCAGCAGCCAACAGCUCACUGAAGGAAAGUUUAUCAGUGAAUAAUGACUUAAAUUUUAGUCUGUUCCUCACACAAAACUAUUAUGUUGCUUCAAAAGACUUCUCCUUUUGUGUCCCAUGAACAGAAAAACAGCAGCGGUUUGAAGUAAUAUGAGAGCAAGUAAAUAAUGACAGAAUUGUGAGUUUGGGGUUAAAUAUUCAUUUAAAAAUUAAUCUAGGACUAUAAUUAACGUUCCCUGUCUUCUUUUUUCUUUCCUUCUGAAAUUCUUUUAAUACUUUGCACUGGUUGAAUAUCAAUCCUUUAUUUAAACCGAUUUCUAAACAUGCUUUUGGGGGAUGUUAGCAAGUGUUUCUUUGCUUUCAAUUUUGAUUCUAUUUUGCUUGAAAAGAUAAAGAGCUUUCAGUGAAGAUGGUGUUUUAAUAUCUUGCUGGUCAGAAACUUACCAAAACAAAUUCAAAAUGAAAAUGUAAACCACCAUUUGUCUGUUUGCCUUUGUCCACAAUGUGCCAGUUUCUCCACUGUGUCCAGUGCCUUGUUCUGCAUUUUCAGAGUUUGUUAGAUUACAUCAGUAAAUGUCUGUCUGUAUGUAUUAGAGUGUAAUGAAAGUCUGAAGAUGUGAAGAUAAGUCUGGGUCACACCUGCCAAUCGCAAGCCAAUGUUUUUCACCAAGUCCUGAUGUUUGUGCCUAUGAGUGUGUGAUUUACAAUAGAAAACAGUCUUUGUACAUAUCAGCUCAUGGACAUUAUCAUCACCAGAGCAAAAAUUGCGCACAGCUGUCUUAUAACGGAAGCACAUGGUUGAUUUUCUUUUCAUAAAUUAGAUGGAUUGUGAGUGAAAGGACGCAGAAGAAUGAGUCUAACAGUAUUAUAACAGAAAAAAAAAGCUUUGAAAUGUGUGACAAUCUAGAUUAUGGUUUCCUCCUUUAUUCCAAUGUUGAAGGUUCUUUGUCAGCUCAAGUUUCUUUUAUAAAAAUUGUAUGACUAUUAU